UGAUCUCGAUCCACCUCAACAUCUGUUACAUACCUAUAAAAUAUGUGCACAAGUCAAGGUGUUGAAUACUGCCCCAAAAAUACCAAACACAGAUUUGCCUUAGGGAUCUUAUGAAAUGUGUAACAUACUACAGUGUAAGGCCAUCAUGAUCCAAGAAGAAACAAUUUAAGUAGUUCAUACUUCUAGUUGGAUGUCACUGCAUCAAGGCACAUGACAUGCAUGCACUUUGAUUAUACAACCAAUCUUGUUUCAUGGCACUUGAUAAAUUGGUGAUGGGCCAAAUAGACUUCAACCUCAUUUGCAUGUACAACCUCAUAUGCAUAGAAACUGUCGACCUUAUUUUAAGAUUUAUCAAAUCACUGUGUAAUACAAUAAUACACUUGUUAAACUUUUAGCAGUCUUAUGUUGUUCUGAUCUGAUUGUGAUAACAUCCAGUGAUUUGAUGUGUCAUGUAUUACAGUAUUUACACUCAUUGAAUUUCUCCAACCGAUUCUCAAGCUCGACCAAUCCGUAUACUCCUGCAGUGACGGCCAUGACAGAUUCUGAACAGAUUUCUGCAAGGCAAGUGCGACGGGUUGGGUCGUGGCUCGGACUCCUGACUCCCUGUUUUGCUGUUUCAGGCAAGCAGAUAAAAGUUCUGAAGGAACCAGCAGAGUUUUAUGACACGCUGAAGAACAAUGCUGCUACUGCCAAAAAGAGAAUCUGCCUGGCAUCACUUUAUCUUGGAACUGGGAAUCUCGAGCAGGGAUUGGUGGAUUCUGUAAGGGAGGCUCUAACAAAUGCCUCAAAUUCACCUGACUUUAAAGUGACCAUACUCCUUGACUAUACCAGAGGUUCAAGGGGCGAUCCCUGCUCUCGCACGUUGCUGCUACCCCUGUUGGAAGAGUUCCCAGAUCAAGUUCAGGUGGCGCUCUAUCACACGCCAGAUCUGAGAGGAGUGUUAAAGAAACUCUUACCUGAUCGUUUCAACGAGACAAUCGGACUGUCACAUCUAAAAGUUUAUCUCUUUGAUGACACUCUCAUUAUGAGUGGUUGCAACCUGAGUGAAUCAUAUUUUACCAAUCGUCAAGAUCGUUACAUCCUCAUCAGAGAUUGUCCAGAACUUGCCAAUUUCUUCCACGGGAUUGUGGAUUGUAUUUCAUCAAUCUCCUUCCAAGUAGACCAAGACAACAAACUUCAUCUACAUGAGGAUAUGGACCAUCCAUUUGAAGGACCAGAUGGUGGUGCCAGCUUCAGGGCCACAGCGCGACAGCGGAUAAUGGACAUAUUUCCGGAUUCGUGCCUUUCUUUCAACGUGGACAAUCUUACAAAACGUGACAUGAUUAAUGAUCUGGUGUCUCAAGCAGAUGACAUGCCCGUCGAAAACUGUUGUGAUGAAAGUGAAAAAGACACUCUGAUUUACCCGUUGAUUCAGAUGGGACCUUUAGGGAUACGUUGUGAUGAAAUAGCUACAAAAGUGUUUUUACGGACUGCGAAGAAAGGAUCACGUGUUUGCCUUGCGUCUGGUUAUUUCAAUCUGACUGAUGACUACAAAGAUAUGAUAGUGAAAUCUUCUCUAGCAGAUUAUGAUGUGCUUUUUGCUUCACCCGAGGUGAAUAGUUUUUAUGGUGCCCCUGGUAUUGCUGGUGCUGUUCCUGCUGUCUACAUCCAAAUAGCCAAAGAAUUCUACAAUCAAGUCAUUGGUUGUGGUGCCGAGAACCGGAUCAGUUUGUUUGAAUACUUCAGAGACAAAUGGACAUUCCACGGUAAAGGUCUCUGGUACUACCUCCCAGGACAGUCACUGCCUUGCCUAACAUUACUCGGAUCACCCAAUUUUGGUUAUCGGUCCGUCAACAGAGAUCUGGAGGCUCAAAUAGCUGUGGUAACAAGGAACAAAGAGCUUCAGGAACAAUUGCACGAGGAGAAAGAAAGACUUUACAAGAGGUCGACCAAGGCAGAUGAUAGGUUAUUUGCCCGGAUAGACCGACAGAUUCCGCUAUGGGUACAAUGGCUUACUCCGCACAUUAAAAACUUUUUCUAGUCACGAGAAAGUCCAAAGACAGUUUGCAUGUAAUGCAAUAUGUAAUAUGUUUAAGUGAAAGCACUGUGAUUUCCCGCGCCCUUCUCUUAUAUAGGCCUAUACAUUUCUCAAACAAUCUUUCCUAAAAUCGACUAGGGAGUUUAUUGUAUUGUACUUUGUAGUGAUACUUAACUGGCCCAGAUGAACAAAUUGCUUUAAGGAAUGAUUCAUUGGAUUAAUAGCAUUGUGUGAAUGACUUUUUGAACAUCUCUACUGUACAUACAAUGUUUAUUUAUUUUGUCUUUUAUAAAAUACAAAUAUUGU